AUGUGGAAAAUUGUCUCCCAACGUAACCGGUACGUUGCUACCGGGUUUUCGUUUGCCAGGCGAACAUUCCUGUCCGAUGCGUACCAGUGCCGUGAUGCUUGGAACGCUCGUUUGGCGACCCCGAUUCUGGAAAAGAUCAACCUCGAAACGCUGUACUAUGAUUUGGAGCAGCGGUUCCAGCAGAAGCAGAAAAUUUCCGCCAUCGAUAUCGAUAUCUACGCCAACAAGCUUGUGGACGAUACGCACAUCGAAGAGAUAGCCGAAUUUCUGUACAAAUUUCGUCUGACGGAGGAAACAUCAAACACGCUCGACUCGACACACCAUGCCGUGGUGCGGAACUAUCUCGACCACAAGUGUUACGGCCAGUUGCUCGAGGUGUUGAACAACCGUAUCGGAUACGGUGUAUUUUUGGAUGAUUACAGUGCAAACCUAACGCUCGAUCAAUUGAUAAAGGAGAAAGAAUUCCGGCAUGCGGCACGUGUUGCCACACUGCUAGCGUUGCAGGAGGAUUUUUCCAAUCCCAUUACCAGAGCGCUUUCGUUGUACAGUUGCUACCGGUACGCAAAGACACCGGAUGCGGAGCAUUUCGAUGAUCUUACACCGGUUCAGCAGGAGGUAACUGAAGGCGAAGGACAGAAGAAGAAGAAGAAGGAAGAAAUCAAAGUCAGGGUAAAGUUUUUGCGAAAUGAAUUUUUCGACGAUCAUUUUGACCUGACCGACAGUCAGCUGUUGCUCGGCAAAACGUUCGUAGAGCUUGGGCGAAGCUACGGUGGAGCUAGCAGUCCGAUUGGAGCGAGUUGCGAGCUGUUGGGAUUGGCGAUGUACAAAAAGUAUGAUCAAGCGAUCGCAUACGUAAAGGAAAAUGCGGGAAAAGGAUUGAACGAGGAAGCUCUGCAAAUGCUUCGAAACACGUUGGAGAAGGAAGACAACAAGGAGGAUGAAAAGUAUGUGGCAUUUGGCGAAGUAGUAGACAAAAUAGAGGCUAGUAUGAAGCUCAACAAGGAAAGUUUCGAAAAGUUGAUUCUUGACGAAGUUAACAAGACGGUUAGCUCACAUGAAAAACAACAAAUAGAGGGACAAGCAAAGCUCUAUUCGGACUGGUGCAAUGUCCGACAGCAACGGCUAGAUGAAGAAUUUAACCGCAUGCAGCGCGCGAAACGGCUAAAGGAACUUGAACAGCUAGCACUGGAUAUGGAGAAGGAAGAGCAGAAGCUUUGGUUCUUUGAAAACGAGGAUAAAAUCGAUCUACAGAUCGAUAGUAAGCAGGUGUACUAUCCCAAACGGUGGUUUGGCAAGAAAAAGAAGCCACGCACGGUCGAUGUGGAUUACGUUCCACCGGAAGUCCGGCAGCGAAAUUAA